UUUUUUUUAUUUAAUAUUUAUUGAGCACAGCUGCCCCAUCGACAUCAGCCCACUCCACCCUCCUCCCCCUUCAACAAUCAACAAACCACAAAAAAGCACGACAAAAACAUGACGAGCACCAGCCCAACCCCAAGACUGGGUGGAAUACCCAUGAAGUAUCUCUCGCUGGUCUCCCUGACACUUCAGAACAGUCUAUUGACCAUACUCCUCCACUACUCCCGAACCGCACCCGAUAACAAGGUCUACUCCGCUCCUGUCGCCGUCCUACUCAGCGAGAUCCUCAAAUCUAUCAUCUCAUUCUCAAUCGCCCUCUUCAACUCAACUCGCUCCAGCUUACAGCCUCGCCUACCAGGCUCACCCCCUCAUCCAGCCGACCCAGCCACCUAUCAUGACCGACUCAAAUCUGAAACCUACCACCACUCCUACCGUCCCCUACCAUCAACUCAAUCAACAACAACAACAUCACCUCCACUUUCAUCAAUCAUCCUCACUCAGAUCAAACUUAAUCUUUCCGCCAUCUUCAGUCGAGACUGUUGGAAACUCUCAAUACCCGCCAUCCUCUACGUCAUUCAGAACAACCUCCAGUUUAUUGCUGCCUCUCACCUCGACGUGGCCACCUUUUCAGUUACCUAUCAGCUCAAGAUCUUGACGACUGCAUUGUGUUCAGUACUGAUUCUCAAGCGUAGAUUAUCAGUCAUCAAAUGGAUCUCGCUACUCUUCUUGGCUAUCGGCGUCGCUCUAGUCCAAUUACAAAACGUAUCAUCCUCAACCAACACCUCAUCAUCUCCCGAGUCCACCGAUCCAGAACAGCCCAAGAUGAACCGGACUCUUGGCUUUAUGGCGGUCUCCCUAGCCUGUUUCACCUCGGGUCUAGCUGGCGUAUACUUCGAAUUGGUCCUCAAAUCAUCCACCAAGGUCGAUCUCUGGAUCCGCAACGUCCAACUCUCGCUCUUCUCACUCCUCCCUGCCUUAUUCACAGCCCUUGCAGCUUCCUCUUCCUCCCCCGAACCGAUGUUUGCUCAUUUUGGAUUUUGGGCCUGGGCAACGAUCCUGACCCAGGUCUUUGGCGGUCUCGUCACCGCGCUGGUGAUCAAGUUUGCCGACAAUAUCCUCAAAGGUUUCGCGACCUCCCUCUCCAUCAUCUUGUCGACCGUUGCUGGGGUCUUCCUGUUUGACGCGCCGCUCCCCUUCGGUUCUGCGCUCGGGGCCUCCGUCGUCCUGAUGUCCACUUACUGCUACAACCUCUCCUCGGGUGACUCAAGCUCUCCGGUGCCCAGUCUUGCUAAUGAUAAGCCCAUCGGCCUUCCCUCCCCUCCAGCCGUGGUCAUCGAUUUCAGCCAUCAACUUUCCUCUCGAUAUGACGAAAAGAAUGAAGCGGAUGACUAUAACGGCGAAGAUGUCCAUCUGCUGCCGGACUCGACUAAGAUCUGCCCAAGUCCUAAAUCCUCACAUUUCCCUUUGACCUUAUCCUCCUCUUCAACCACCUCUUCCACCUCUUCACUCUCUCCUCACUCUCCUACUCAUCAAGAAGGAUUUCAUGUCGUCAAUAACUCCUCCAACGCCUCCCAGCUACCGCCUUAUUCUCACAAGAAAUAGUCCUUGAAACCCUUCCUGAUCCUCAUAAAUCACUCUUUCAUCAUUUUUUUCUUCUUUAUUAUAUGGCUGGUAACGUUCCUCAAACAAUCAUCUUGGGAUCUGACUCAUCGUGCUGCUUACUCGACUCUCUGUCUGUCUAUCCAAUCUCUUCAACGAUCCUCUUCCCCGUGUGCCCUCGUGUAUUAUAUCUCAGUGUCUUCGAACUAUUUUUUUAUUAUUGGUGGAAGAACGAAACAAACAAAAAAAUGCAAAAAAACUACUACUUGAACCUCCUGAUUGCUACCCAACAAACAACCCAACAAACAAACAAAAAACAUUCUUCUCAUUUUUUCCUUGGUCUCCUCUCUAUCUCUUUCUCUCUCCCUCUCUUAAAUUGUAGUUAUGUUGUCUUAUAUAUACUUAUGUUAUUUAGUUCUAGAAGGUUUUUUUUCUUUCUCUAUCUAUUUGUUUUUAGCUGUACUCAAAAAACCCUACCGGAAUUCAAGUUUUUUCUUCUUUAUUUUUUGAUAAAGGUACACCACCA